ACUACGGUUGGUAGGAUGACGGUUGUCACAUGGUGCGUUUCCUUUCAGCGCCACUACAUCGAGCUUAGACCCCAUUUCCUCACCAGCCUUCCUCAGUCAGAGUAUCUGUGCCUCCAUCUGCAACUGCCAAACACGUGCCCACCUGCCUUAUUUGCCUCUCCAGUUAAAAAGGUAAUAAGGGGCACUUUCAGUCCAACCAUGAGGGGGAAUUCCAGCAGAACACAGCUUGAUAAUGCCACCCUAUCUCUGUUUCAAAAUACGAACACCAGCUCUGUCAUUUCUGUUAUAUACAUGGUUGUCACCGUGAUCAACCUAGUGGGAAAUGGCCUAUCAAUUUGGCUCCUGCUGUUUCGUACGUCCCCAAAGACUCCAUCCAUCAUCUUCAUGAUUAAUCUAACUCUCACUGACUUGGCUCUUGGCUCUGCCCUUCCCUUUCAAAUCUCCUACCAGUUCCAAGGAUACAACUGGACACUAGGAUCCAAGAUGUGCAGCUUCCUGACCCUUGUUUUCUACACCAACAUGUAUUGUUCUAUCCUGACGAUGAUGGCCAUUGGCAUCGAUCGCUACCUGGGCAUUGUGAAGCCCAUGAUAUUCAGAAAGAACAAGAGGAGAAAGUCUAUCGCUGUUUUCAGCUGCCUCUUGAUGUGGGGGUUGGUCCUGGGUGUCCUGUACCCUCUCAUGACCACAGACCUGACUUUUGAUAUCCCUGAACUUGGGAUCACCACAUGCUUUGACGUGCUAAAGAAAUCAAUGCUCCCAACAGUGGGGGCCUGGGCAGCAUUCCUGUUCACCAUGGUGUUUGUGCUCUUCCUGUUACCCUUCUGUGUCACAAUGUUCUGCUAUGUUAGUGUCAUAUACAAGCUGUCUAGUGAUUGCAAGACGGUGCAGAAAGACAGGGCCAUACGCCUGGCUAUUGUCGUUCUUCUGGUUUUUGUGCUCUGCUUUGCUCCAAACAACAUCCUCUUGUUGACUCAUAGUAUCCUGAGGCUCUUCUAUAACAAGUCUUUGUACAUGGCCUACAAGCUUUCUCUCUGUUUUAGCUGUCUAAACAGUUGUCUGGAUCCUUUCAUAUAUUACUUUGCUUCAAAAGAUUUUAGGCAGAAAUUGAGACAGAUAUUGAAUCUGCACAGCCUGAGUAGUGCAGACUCUAUAAGGACAGAGAACAAAGAGACCUUGUACUCUGGAUAGUCAGAUUUAGAACCUACCAAUAAUACAAAACCUUAAAAAGACUUGUGAAAGAAGGAAAGUGACUAAAACUAAGGCGGGGUUUGGAGAUCUUGCAACAUGUGUUCUUGUUUCAUGUUGCAAAAUCCUUUAUCUUUGG